AUGGCAAGACACCCCUCUGGUGCUGAAACCAGCGACGCCUGGGGUCCACCGCUCUCAGGCGCCCCUGCAGUAAGCUCUUUGGGAUGUGCGCAUGACCCUCUCAGUCCGUCCGCCACAGCGAAUCAUGAGCCGCUUCUCUUUGCUGAGGGGGAAGGCGAGGGGUCCCCAUCUGGGAUUCGGGAUGCCUAUGGAGAGGACAACAGCACUUUCAAAAUAUUAAUUGCUACUGACACCCAUCUCGGAUAUAAGGGGGAAGACCCUGUCCGCGGAAAUGACAGUUUUCGAACAUUUGAAGAGAUUCUCCAGAUUGGCAGGCGCGAGAAUGUUGAUUUUAUGCUGCAUGGCGGAGACCUGUUUGACGAGAAUAUGCCAUCUAGGACGACACUGUACCGUGCAAUGUGUCUCCUCCGGAAGUACUGCUUCGGCUCUGGCACCGUGCAGUUCGACGUAUUGCCGGCCUCAACUACCGCAUCUCCGGAUGGCUGCGCAGCCACUCAGCCCUCCACAAGCGACAAGGCAGCAGCUCCAUCUUCUCUUCAAAACAAGGAGCACAUCUGGGAACAGCAGGCUGCUCCAGGAUCCACGCGGGCCACGGCAGAAAAUGCAGAACCUUCAGCAACUACAGGACUAAUUUCGGACAUUUUUCGCUUUGGUCUAAACUACUUGAAUGAGAACGUCAAUGUAUGCAUGCCGAUAUUCGCAAUGCAUGGAAAUCAUGACGAUCCUGGCGAUGCAUCGCACUUGUCUCCUUUGGACAUUUUAGAGGCUGCGCACCUGUUGGCGAUAUACGGCAUGGGAUGGGUGCGAGACGAGCGGCUUCACCGGGCAUACACCACUGGCAAGGUAACAUACGAAGUCCCAGCAGACGGCGAAGUGCAGAGCUGGUUCAACGUUCUUGUCGUCCACCAAAACAUGUACAAGGGCGGUCAUGGCGGCGUGCCCGCGAAGAACUGCGUCCUCGAAAGGAUGCUGCCUUCCUUCGCAGACAUUGUGGUCUGGGGACAUGAGCAUGACUGUCACGCGAACCUGCGUCAGUCCGUAGAGGGUCGCUGCCAAGUGCUGCAGCCGGGCUCCUCCAUUGCCACCUCUCUCACGGCAGGCGAGGCGCAGCAGAAGCACGUGUUCGUCUUGGAAGUCAGAGGUGACUGCUUCCGCCUGCGGGCAGUGCCUUUAAAGACAGUGCGGCCCCUCAUUGUGGAGGAUGUGCGUUUGGCCGACAUCUGCCAGCUCCCUUCAGCCUCCCAGCCCGGAGGGCUCCCGACGGCUUUCAGCGACCCGUGGAAUGAUGCAACCGACAGGGAGGCGUGGGAGGCACUGACCAGUCUUGUAGAGGACAUUCUUCGAAGGUACAGCCAAACUGCGGGCAUCGAUCUGACUGCGUCGGCGAGCAUGCCAGUGUCGCAGCAGCACCAGCAGCAGCCGAAUACCAGGUGUGAGGCAGCUCCGGCCCGAAGGAGGCAGGCGUACCAGCUUUUCUGCAACUACAGGGCAGGCGCGACGCAGGAUCUGUCGGCGGCUACGAAAUACUCUGCGGCGGGGGGCCCCCUCAUGGAGACCCUCAGCGCCAGGGGCCCUGCAGAAGUCCUACAGAAGCUGCCACUCGUGCGGGUCAGAGUAGAGCACACGGGUUUCAGCACGAUCAGUGCCCCUCGUUUUGCGUCGCAGUUUGUGGGCAGAGUGGCCAAUCCAGACAGCCUCCUCUGCUUCUACAAGAGGCGCUCAAGCCAUCAGAGCGCCUCUAAGGAGGGCUCUGCUCUGCCGGAACUGCAGCUCGAGGCAGCGCUGGGCGCUGGCUCUUCAGAGAUACAUGACAUCAUUUUUCAUUAUAUGGAGGGUGCCAGUGGCCUCAACGUUUUAUCUGAACCGGAUUUCAAUGACGCCGUUCAAGACUUUGCAGUUAAAAUGGACCCCUCGGCUAUAUCCGCCUUCGUAUCUAGGAGCAUCAGCACAGCAAGGCUCCAUGCAAGGGAUGAGCUGCUAAAGCGCCUCAAAGAAAAACCCGACAAGUACCCCUCUCAAGAGGACGCCAGGGCAAUCAUUGCCAAAUACACCCAAGAAGCCCGCAUGCGGCGUCUAGAAGCAGCAGUAAGCCAGUGUGGCCCGUGUAUAUCUGCGAGUCCACGAUGCUGUUUGUGGCUGUGCGCUGCAGGCGUUUCAGGGCCUCCUGACACCGCAGCGUCCGCGGAUGCAGCGCCGGUGUCUAUACCACCCCUACCCACAGGCGCUGGUGUGGAAAUGACGGAUGGCUGCGACCCUUCCGAUUCACAGGAAAGCUGCACAGAAGACACCUUGAGGUUAAAAACAGCAGUGGCUCCUCUCAGACGCGGGAGAGCGAGCCGUGGGGGCCCCCCCGGUGGCACUCCUGCAGCGCCCUUGACCAGCGACACUGAGGAGGGGCUCUCGAGAGUUGAGUUUCCAGGAGCUUCCAAGAAGCCAAGACGCGCAGCAGCGAAAAAGCAAACAGAAGCGGGGAGAGGCCGUGGGCGGAGAAAGGUGGCAACACAGCACAAAGCAGGUGUUGAUGCAAUAGGAGUCAGCGACAGCGACAGCCAAGAUGACACGGAGGGGACGCAAGGGACUGCUCGUAGGAAAGGGAGGCAGCCACCUGCGGCCGCAGGCGUUUCUAAGCAGCAAAUGGAUAUUCGCUCCCUUCUCUCACAGCUGUCGAGCCGGCGAGGAGUCCGCUCACAAGCGCCAGUCAGGGGUUCGUCCUAUGCCAGUAGUCCGCCAGAUGUACCGACACAGCAAAGUGAUGGCGCACCGUGCGGAUCCUUGGCAGACACUCACUGGGAGGCUCAGUCAUCGGUCUUGCCUACAGCCGCAGGCUCCUCACUGCAGCCACCGGCCAAAAGGCAGCUUCCGCCGCGCCCAGCGCUGCCCCUAGGGCCCCCCUCUGCCAAGACUAAUGUGAAUGCUGCAAACGAGGCGCAUCCUGAUGUAAGAGGGCCUCUGCAUGUGACCAGUUGGACAAAGCGGGCCAAGCACACCGACACGCAGGGAUUUGGAGGGGCCGGAGAAGGAAGCGAGUCAGCUUUCCUACCGAAUUCUAUCUACACAGGAGUAAGUGGGGUCGCGCUACGCUUGCCGCAAAACGGAGCUCCGACAAACUGCAUGAGUUUAUCAAAUGGGUGUGUGGACGAUGAGGCUCCGUAUCUUCGCAGGCAAAUGAAGGGAACUCCAUGCGGACAGAAAGUCGCACCAUCAGCUGGAAACGGAGGUGACGAGCCAGCCAUACAACUAUUAGGCAACUGCUUUAGGCGACAAAUAGGGCUGCCCACUAGCGUGACACAUGGAAGAAUAGUGCCGCUUGGGUCUUUAUUAGAGUCUAGUGAAGCCACGGUAAAGCCACAGUCCUUUAUACCCAAACGAGACAAUUUUUCCCGUGGUGGCUCUCUAUUACGUCAGGUGGCCGUAUUCUGCCUUCGUGCCUUGAGAAAUACUAAUCUGCCAAAGUCUCUGAAAACGAGUUUCUGCUGGAUUCUUAUUGAUCUGAGAGCGGAGCAUUGGGAAUCUAGGCGGGCAUUCGAUUCCCACUUAAGGGCAGUGGCCACAUAUGCUGCUACAGAACACCCCUUGAAGGUUUCUGCAUGCUAA